AAAAAGGAGGAAGAAGAAGAAGAGGAGAAGCCUUUUAUUAUCCCCCGCCCCCUCGCUUGCUUACUACGUUAAUGUGAAAUACUGGCGCUAGCUAAUAUACUCUGUAUAUAUGUAGAGGUACAAUUAGAAGGCAAGUCAGGUGUAAGUCUUCACCACCGCUUGCCCCAAACUCUCGCUACUUUCUCUCUAAAGUCUUAGAGUUUUCCACUCAAAAUUCAAAAUGUUGAGCAAGAACAGGGUUUCCAUGGCGGUUCUGCCAUUCUUGGUUGCGUUCCUUUUGAUGGCCCAGGGCACAAUGCCAGAAAGUGGCGCUUUUACUGCCAUGCCAUUCAGAUAUAAUUAUUAUGAGGAACAAUGCGAAAGGGAUGUGGAGGAAAUGGUAUGGUCUACGAUGCACAGAAUAGUGGCGAUGCAACACAAUGCACCAGCACAACUCUUGCGCCUGCUCUUCCAUGAUUGUUUCAUUGGGGGUUGUGAUGCAUCUGUUCUGCUUGCUAACAGUAAUAAAAAUGGGACUGUUGAACGCGAGGCGAUCCCUAAUAGGACACUUAAAGGGUUCAGUUUCAUCGAUAUGAUAAAGGAUGAAAUUGAGGAGGCAUGCCCUGGGGUUGUCUCUUGUUCUGAUAUCCUUGUCCUUGCAACGAGAGAUGGCAUCGUUCUGGCUGGUGGACCAUAUUAUCCUGUGUUAACGGGCAGAAAGGAUAGUAAGGAGUCAUUCUUUGAUGAGGCCAUGGCUGAAAUUCCACGACCAAAUGGGAAUAUCAGCGAAACUCUUAGGCUAUUUUCCCUUCGAGGAUUUGAUGAGAGGGAAACAGUGGCACUCCUUGGGGGACAUAACAUUGGGAAGAUUGGAUGUGAAUUCAUUCGGCCAAGGCUCAGCAAUUUCAUGGGGACAGGUUUGCCUGAUCCAACAAUUCCUUCUGACUUCCUUGAAGAGUUAAAGCGGGAUUGUCCAGAAAAUAAUAGCACCAUCAACAAUAUGCUCAAUGAACGUACAGCUAGGAGUCUGAGUGAGUCAGCUGUUGGAGCUUCAUUUGAUAAUCACUACUACAAGACUUUAAUGAGAGGAAGAGGGCUAUUGUUUGCUGAUCAACAGUUGAUGGCUCAUGAAAAGACUGCAGCAGCGGUGAUUGAUUAUGCUUUGGAUGACGGGACUAUGUUCCGUACAGAGUUUGCUCAUGCCAUGGCCAAAUUAUCAGAUUUUGGUGUUCUUACUGGAUCCCAAGGAGAGGUCCGGCAUAGCUGCUCCCUUCCGAACUCUAAUCAAUGAGAGCUCUUCAAAGUUAUUCACUUUUCAUUGUGCCAGUUAUUGAAGAAAAAGUAUGAAACUUAGAUUCUUUAACUCGUAAUGAUGGCCCUUAUUUCUACGGUAAUUAGACCAAGAAUUGAUGUCGGUAUUUGUUAUGAACAUCAUAAACAAAUUAUUUUGCGAAAUCUUAAACUUAUGAACAUCAUGAUCAAGGUUUGCGCUGUUUUA